ACGUUGUUUGAGUACGACGGGAUAUUACUGAUCCUCAAAGGAGCGCGUUUUACACUGAUGUCGAAGCCCGACAUGCCUGCUGGCAGAAGGGUAUAAAUCCAGCACCAAGGCCGUCUCGUCAGGCCUUCUUUUGGAUCAGUAUAUCACUCGAAUCCUGAAGCUACUUGAUCUAUCAACGGUCCGCAAGAAUUCCGUGCUCAAAAAUGGAAACCAUUGUUAUUGUCGGCGGCACAGGCGCGCAAGGAGGCGCAGUCGUCCGGUAUCUCUCUGCCACGAACAAGUUCAACGUACUCGUAUUGACACGCAGUACCACCUCUCCACCAGCCAAGGAGACUGCUGCCCUCCCUAACACCGAAUUGAUUGUCAGCAAUGCGUCCUUCGGCUAUGACCUGGAAGUUUUCUACAAGGCAGCACAGCAAUCACAAUAUGCUUUCAUCAACACCGAUGGCUUCGCCGUUGGAGAGCAGGCCGAGACUUAUUUUGGCAUUCGGCUCUUCGAGCUUUCCCUCAAGGCCGGAGUGAAACACUUCAUCUACAGCGGUCUUGACUACAAUAGCAAGAAGUCCGGCUACGAUCCAACACUCUACGUUGGUCAUUAUGAAGGCAAAGCUCGAGUUUCAGAGUUCAUGCGUGCUCAGCCUAGUAGUCCUAUGGCUUGGACCGUGCUCAACAGUGGACCUUAUAUUGAGAUGCUCCAAGAACUCCUGCUGCCAGAGAUCGGAGACGAUGAUGUCGCACGCUUCAAACUACCAAUCGGGCAUGGAGCUGUUCCUUUCAUUCACCUGGACGACUUCGCACGCUAUGUGCCAUGGAUAUUGGAACACCGAGAAGAGUCGAAUGGGUUGAUCUUGGGAAUAGCCACGGCCCAUGUUGCAGGUCCAGAACUUGCCAGGGCUUUCACAGCUGUCACAACUAGGCAUGCCGAGUAUAUCGACGAGCCGAAUGACAAGUGGGUUACAGCCAAGUUUGGGCACCUUCCAAACGGGGUCGACACAAAGGUUGGUGCGCUAAGUGUCAGGGAUCCCAACUCUCUAUUGAUGACAUAUGGCGAGAACUUCUCAAACUGGUGGAACCUGUACAAAGCAAGUGCGGACAAUAGAGGGCUCAUUCAACGAGACUAUGCGUUCUUGGAUCGCAUACUCCCAGACAGAGUCAAGAGUGUAGAGGACUGGAUGAGAAAGGUGGAUUAUGAUGGGACCCAUCGCCCAGUUUUCAAGAGUGAGGGAAGGGUCAGGCAACCCCAAUCUGGGCACUGAUUCAGGGGUUCUUUGUGUCCAUGCCAACAUCAACCAUGUCCUACCAUCCACAACAGAGACGCAUGACAUUGUCCCAACUAAGGAUCACGAGUUAGCAAUCGAUAACAGUUGUAUGCUCUCGUUCUCAUGUCUUGGCGAUAUCAGUGCAGCAGUGCAGCAGUCCGCUGGCUGAUA